CAAAACUCCUCACGCUACGGUGUACCGCAUGGACCUGUUCGAAGCCGUGGCACGAGGCGACACUCGGACGGUGGCCGAGCUUCUGCACGAUGGCGCCGACCCCAACAGCCGCGACCACCUUGGCGACCCGGCGCUGUACGUCGCAGCGAGAGGAGGACACUUGGACACGGUCGAGGUACUUCUCAACGCGGGAGCGAUUGUCGAUUCGCAACGACCGAGCGGGGAUACAUCGCUCAUGAUUGCAGCGAGCAGCGGCCCCGUCGAACUCGUGCACGUGCUACUCGCGAAUGGCGCCAACGUCAACCACAACAGUGGGUGUAGCACCGCGUUGGGCUGUGCCGUGUACGGUGGCAACGACGACAUUGUCGAGUUGCUUCUGGCCGUCGGGGCCAACGUCCAUGUUCACGACGAUUCUCGCAAGGCGUCACCGAUCAUGUCUGCAGCGUGCCUUGGUCUCGUGGCCAUUGCGACACAGCUCCUGGCAGCUGGCGCUCGCGUCUCGGACCUCAGCAAGGAUGGGGUCGGGCCUCUCUUCUGCGCAGCACUUGAAGGCCACGCCGAUAUGAUCCGGCUUCUUGCCGCGCGCGGCGCAGACCUCGACGCAACGUCUCCCCACCACGUUUCGCCGAUGCAUGCCGCCAGUGGUCGGGGUCACCUCGACGCGGUCAUCACCUUGCUGCAGGCUGGCGCCAAACUCGACAACCCCAACUCGUUUCCGUGUCUCAACGCUGCGGCGACCUGCGGGAGAACCGAAAUUGUGGCGCUGCUGCUGCGUGAGGGCGCCGAUGUAAAUGCGAACAACCCGCGGUGGGGUGCGGCGGCGCUGUACGUGGCCGCUGCCACCGGUCAUGCCGAUGUUGUGCGCCAGCUGGUGCAUGCGCGGGCCAAGCUUGACGAGCGGGCCGUCACCGGCAAGACGGCAAUGAUGAUUGCGCAAGCCAAGAAGCACGCGCAUGUCGUUGAAGUCCUGCAGGACGCACGCAUGAAGAAAGCGAAGCUCUUGCAUGCCACCCGACACGGCGACGUCCUCGGCGUGCGAGCGCUGCUCGCCGACGGCCUCAGCGUCAACGAGACGGACGAGCACGGCAAUACGUUGGUGCAUCUCGCGCUCCUUGGUGGCCAUGCCGAGCUUUUGGCCGAGCUCUUGAAAGACCCUAGCGUCGAGCUGGGCCAUAUCAACGAGUUUGGCGAGUCGCCCAUCGCGAUUGCCACCAAGAAAAGUACCCCGUUGCUCGUCCAGCAUUUGCACAAAGCGCAGUCAACGGUCACGGCCCAAGUUGCAACCCGCCCGACGUUGCAUCUCCAAGAGCUCGGCCGUGGGAGCUACGGUAUCGUCUUCAAGGACACCCUCUUUGGUCAAGACGUGGCGGUCAAGUCCGUUUUGAACAAGACCUUCGGCGCGGCGAAUUUGCGAGACGAGAUCCGAGUCCUCAACGCGAACCCGUCGCCGUACAUUGUCCGACUGCUUGCCACCGCCGAUGCCGCGUCAAACGCGCCACAGCUCAUCUUUGAGUACAUGGAUGGCGGCAGCGUGACGCGGUAUCUCGAAAAGGUCGCCAGUGACAAGCCCGUGUCGGUGACGUACGCCCCGAUUGAGAUUGCGUGGGUCGUUGCCAACGCCCUCAAGGACCUCCACGCCAACAACAUUGUGCAUCGCGACAUCAAGACCGACAAUAUCCUCCUCUCGUCGACCCAGUACAUCAAAGUGGGUGACGUUGGUAUCGCCAAGGAAGAAACGACAACCAUGACGACGGGCGCAGGCACGAGCAAGUGGCGAGCGCCCGAAGUGCUCACGUCCGGAAGCCGCUACGGGACGCCCGCCGACGUGUACUCGUUUGGCAUCCUCCUCGAAACGUUGUUUCCAGAGGGUGCACGUGCCAGUUCGGACAACGCUUUGUGGUACAAGACACUUGCGAUGCAAUGCACGGUCGAAAACCCAGCGCUUCGUCCCACGGCGGCCGACAUCGUCGAGAGCAUGCGCCCCAAAGUGCAAUCAUACCCGCACCUUGUCGUAUCGAUGGCAGCGUUCGAGUCGGACUGCGCGAGGGGCCCUCCAUUGAUCGCGAGCGUGGCGAUGCCGGCACCGAUGACACCUGCGCCGACGAGCGCCCACCAACCGAUUCGUAUCCCAACGCGGAGUGCACGGUCCACAGCGCCGCUCAGCCACGAAGAGGCGUUCCUCGCCGCUGUCGCAGCUGGCAACGUCGAUGCCGUCGACUCCUUUCUACGAAGUGGUGUGCACCCCGACAGCACGGAUACGACGCAAGAAACCGCCUUGAUCCGAGCCGUGUUUUUUGGGCACAGUGAUGUGGUGGACCUGCUACUGGCGUUUCGCGCUGACGUCAACAGCGUCUCGGCCGUCGGGUUAACGGCGCUGCACGAAGCGGCGCGGCAGCCAUCGGGCGUGAUGCUCCGGAAGCUGCUAUGCGCUACCGGGAUCGAUGCCAACCCGCGGAACUUUAACUUGGAAACGCCGUUGCACGUUGCAAUCGGGUUUGGACUCGAUGCCAAUGUCGUUGCGCUUGUGAACGCUGGCGCCGACGUGGAAGCAGCCGACGAGAAAAUGCACCGACCGCUCUACUAUGCAGCUACGCGCGACUUGAAAGCGAUUACGAUGUACCUCGUCCAACACGGUGCUCGAACCUGGGAGCGCGACCAGGACAACGAGACGGUGCUGCAUGCGGUGCUGUCGCGCCGGCUCGGUCAUAUGGCAACCAUUCUUGUCGACACGGGGGGGAUCGCCAAUCUCCACUCGAACGGACAGAGUCCGCUGCACCGCGCUUGCGAAUGCGGUGUCUCUGAAGUCAUCCCGGUGCUACUGGCCCAUGGCGCUGACGUCAACGCCGCGUUUCGCAACGCGUCGCCACUUGCCAUGUCGAUUUACGCGGGGCACGCAGAUGUUGUCGCGGCGCUCGUGGCGUCCCCCAAGAUCGACUUCAACGAACGCCUCGAACACGACUAUACGCUGCUACAUCUCGCGACAAGCAUGGGUAACCUUGCCAUUGCGCGCGUCAUGCUGCAAGCUGGCAUCGACUAUGACCGGCGCGAAGCCAAGAUGGGCCUGCGUGCCAUCGAGAUGGCCGAGCGGCUUCACAACCACGCAAUGGUCGAUGUUCUCCAACCCGCCUACACACAUAGACUCGCUUUGCUCCAAGCGAUGCGCGAUCAAGACGUGUCGAGGUUUCAACGGCUGCUCCUGAAGCCAUAUAGCUGCAACAUCGUCGAUGAAGUCGGGUGCUCGCUGGUGCACUUGGCGGUCGUCGCAAAGAACGAGACGAUGCUCGACCAGCUCCUCGCAAUGCCUCGCGUCCUCGUCAACACGAGCAAUACCGAGAACAAGACGCCGCUGGCGAUCGCGAUCCAGCGUGGGUACGCUUCCAUGGCUGAGAAGCUCUUUGAUCGCGUGCACCGGGCGGCCGUCGACAUAUCGUCGACCGAGUACGAAGUGACGACGACCGAGCUGGGCCGCGGCGGCUAUGGCGUCGUGCUCCUUGGCUCGUAUCAAGGGCAAAAGGUCGCCGUCAAGAAGCUCCGAAACGCCAAUCAACGCAAGUCGUUCAACGCCGAAGUCGACGCACUUGUCGCAGUGCCGUCCCCGUACCUCGUGCAGCUCGUGGCGAUUGCAGACGUUGACACGGAGAUGCCAGCGCUCCUCCUCGAGUACAUGGAUGGCGGCAGCCUUCGGACGUACCUGGACCAGAAGCGCUUCCAGCUACCCUACACGGUGCAUGUGACCAACCUCCAAGUAGCGUGGGCCGUUGCCAACGCGUUGAAGGAUCUCCACGCCAAGAACAUUGCACACCGCGAUAUCAAGAGCGAGAACGUCCUCUUGAGCUCGACCCACUUUGUCAAACUCGGCGACCUUGGUUUGGCGCGGCGUGAGGCGACCGAGAUGACGGAAGCGCCCGGCACCCGGUACUGGAUGGCGCCCGAGGUUCUUCGCGCCAACGGGACGGCGUACGGCCUAUCCGCCGACAUGUACGCGUUCGGUGUGCUCCUGACCGAGGUGGACACGUUGCAGCUGCCGUACUACGAGUUAGUCAACCCCAACCCGGUCGCGAUUGUCCGCGGCGUCAUCGACGGCACUCUUCGACCGACGUUGACGGCAAAGUGCGAACCGUGGUUGCGCGACCUGGUCGAGUUAUGUCUGUGUGGCGACCCGACGGCACGCCCGACGGCGGCCCAAGUUGUCGACGUGCUCCGUGGUGAAAUGGCCAUGACUGCAGCAAAGGCCAUUGACGCGGAGACUUACUUGCGCGCCGUGGCAACCGACAACAGCGCUGCGGUGACGGAGCUGCUGGACCAAGGUGUUGCGGUCAACGGGACGCUUCCGGGUGGUGAGUCCCUUCUUUUGGCGGCCACGACGGCUGGGGCCUCCGAGACCGUGACGCUCCUCCUCCAACGCGGCGCCAACGUCAGCGACAUGAGCGGUGGCCGGACACCGCUGCACGAAGCAGCGACGCUCGGGCACGCGUUUGUUCAGCGCCGCCUCCUCGAUGCCGGUGCCGAUGUGGACGCACGCGAUCAUGAGGGCAAGACGCCGCUGAUGUGUGCAUUCCACACGGGCAACGCGUUGUGCGUGUCGCAGCUCGUCGCGACGGGGGCCGACGUCGUCCUUGCGGCCACAGACGGCACGACGGCGCUCGACAAGGCACGUGAAUUCGAUGGCCUCAAGCGCUUUGUCCCGAUGCUCGAGGUCGCUGCGUCUCGGCAAGAGAACGCGACGCAGCCCGAGAUCUUUUGUAUCCACUGCACGCACUGGCAUGCUGUCCAAGAUACGACCGAGGCCAUGUGCACGACGUGCGGCAAGCCAGUGUCGAGAGUCCAUCGCAUGCUGGCGAUCGUGUGGCGCUUGAUACGGCUGCAGCACCGGGGGUACCCCGUCGACUGGUCACGAACGUGCCACGCGUGCCACAGCAAGGCCAUGACGGUCUUUGAUGCGCUCUGCCCCGAGUGCGCGCACUCCCAGCGCGACGUGGACAAUCUCAAGGUGCUUCACGUGCGCUUCAAGAAGGCUCUCAAGCCGACGGCAGCCCGGCUCGCACCGCUUGCGAUUCCGCGUGGCGUCUUGCAAUGGCUCGCAAAAAUCGCGCCACCCCGGUUGCUGUCGCGCGACCCAGAGCUCGUGUUUGCACCGACGCGGCCCGUCCAUGAGAAAACGCCGUCCGACGACAUGGUGUUGGACGAUGCACGCUCGACGCAGCGCGCACUGGUGUGUGGCCUUGGUACCCGACGUAGCAACCGUCGACUUUUCGAGAGUGGUCUCUCGACGCAUGCCAUCGCCGGCCAGAUGGGCCAGGCGUCCCUCGCGCGUACGUUGUACGCGGCUACCGUGGCUCCUGUUGUGGAGAUGGCACUGUCUGAUGCGCCCGAGCCCGGUGUCCCGUUCGAGUUGCAGGAUCACGUCGUCGUGCACGCUUUUGUCCGCGAUACGACCGUCCUGGACGCAAUUGCAAGAUGCGCAUCGCCCUUUAUCCUCCCCGUCGUGGGGUUUUCGCGACCCGACUGCGUGUACGUCAAGGUGUCGGCGGCCAAGACCCUCCGAGGGAUGUUGCAAACCGAGAAGGUGCGCGACGGCCUCCGCGCCGAGUGCCCAAUGAAGCUGCAGUGCCUCUAUGUGGUCGCCAAUGCCCUACAGGAUCUGCACGCCAAUGGUAUCGUCCACGGCCACAUUUCGAGCCACAGCAUCCUUGUGAGCAUGACCGAGUUUAUGCAAGUCGACGCUCCGAGCACGGACGAUUUGUGUCUCCAGUGGACGGCCCCCGAGGUGCUUGCAGGCGACUCGCCGCCCUCUUUGGCCUCGGACAUUUAUGCGUUUGGUAUUCUCAUGACGGAGCUCGAUACGUUCCAGCUGCCGUUUGACGACUACGAUUUGGACGACGCAAUUGCGCUCGUGACGGCCGUUGUCGACGGCGGGUUGCGCCCCGCGAUGCGGGACGACUGCGAGACGUGGUACUGCAACCUUGCCGGUCUGUGCAUGAGCGCGGACCCUCUGAGUCGCCCGACAGCAAGUGACCUCGUCGAGCUCUUCCAAGUGCUGCUCGACGACGCCCUUGAUGCUGAAGCAUCCAAGGCCAGCACGGAACACUAGAGAGCGACCCAACUGGAAUGAGAUCUGCUUCGUCAGUAUUGCAAA